GCCGGCGUGAUCCCGCCGGGGUUCUCGGUGCUCCCCGGGCCGCGCGCCAUGGGCAGCCCCCGCUCGGCGCUGAGCUGCCUGCUGUUGCACUUGCUGGUUCUCUGCCUCCAAGCCCAGGUAACUGUUCAGUCCUCACCUAAUUUUACACAGCAUGUGAGGGAGCAGAGCCUGGUGACGGAUCAGCUCAGCCGCCGCCUCAUCCGGACCUACCAGCUCUACAGCCGCACCAGCGGGAAGCACGUGCAAGUCCUGGCCAACAAGCGCAUCAACGCCAUGGCAGAAGACGGGGACCCCUUCGCAAAGCUCAUUGUGGAGACAGAUACCUUUGGGAGCCGGGUUCGAGUCCGAGGAGCUGAGACCGGUCUUUACAUCUGCAUGAAUAAAAAGGGGAAGCUCAUUGCCAAGAGCAACGGCAAGGGCAAGGACUGCGUGUUCACCGAGAUCGUGCUGGAGAACAACUACACGGCCCUGCAGAACGCCAAGUACGAAGGCUGGUACAUGGCCUUCACCCGCAAGGGCCGGCCCCGCAAGGGCUCCAAGACGCGGCAGCACCAGCGCGAGGUGCACUUCAUGAAGCGGCUGCCCCGCGGCCACCACACCACGGAGCAGAGUCUGCGCUUCGAGUUCCUCAACUACCCGCCCUUCACGCGCAGCCUGCGCGGCAGCCAGAGGACUUGGGCCCCCGAGCCCCGGUAGGCGCCGCUGGCCCUCCCCGCCGCGCCACCGAGCCGCUCGCCGCGGGGGCGCACGGAGAAACUCCGGGAGCCGAGGUCUGCGCUGCUGAAGGCUGGGGAGGAGCUGGGGGAGCCCCGGGUUCUAGCUGUCCAUAAUUGUUUGCUGU